UCUUCGAACGAGCGAUCGGCUGCGCUCGUUCACCAGUUGUCUCCGAACCCUCGUCUCGCUCGGACUGGCCGCGUUAUUUUCAAAGAGUCACCGCGAGACACCGAUUGUCGUCAAAAAGUUGAUCCUCGUUGGAAAAGUGCUUGCCGAUUUUUCUUGUUUCUCAAAACGACGCGUAUAGCUCCGUGAUCGGUGUGCAAAAUCGCCAGCAAAGUACAGUUGUACGACGGAGUUUCCCUUUCAUCCUGCGAGUUACGGUAAUUUUUGUGAUCUGCACGGGGUUGUUUUUUCAACCUCCGAUUGAGAGGAAUCGCAGCUGCGAGGAAGACGCAACGAAGACGACGCCGCACGCGCACCGGUAGCGACCCGACCAGGGUUCGGAUCAAGCUUGACAACGUAGUCCCCAAAGGGCGGAAUGGUGACAGACAACAGCAGCAUGACCAACAAGAAGAUCGGCUCGGGUGACGGGGGAGGCGGUGGGGGUGGCCAACAGCACUAUCCACAUCACCACCAUCACCACCAUCAUAGCAGCGGCAACAACAACAGCCCCGCGUCGCCGAACAACACGACGGGUUACAUGGGCACGACGGCGGUGAGCAACGUUGGGUACCGCAACAAGGGCUACAAGGACGACGGCACGGACGGUCUGCCCCCCGAGCCGCAAAAGCCACCCCAUCUGCCCGAGGACGACGGCCAAUCGCGGAAGUUUGAGCUGUCGCGAAGCGAAAAGUGGCGGAUCCUCAAGAACAUUGGAACGGUCUCGGUGGCCUUUAUGGUCCAAUUCACCGCGUUCCAGGGCACGGCGAAUCUCCAAUCGUCGAUAAACGCGAGCGACGGCCUCGGCACCGUGUCCCUCUCGGCCAUCUACGCGGCCCUCGUCCUCAGCUGCAUCUUCGUACCCACGUUCGUCAUCAAGAGGCUCACCGUCAAGUGGACCCUCUGCCUCUCCAUGCUCUGCUACGCCCCGUACAUCGGCCUGCAGUUCUACCCCAGGUUCUACACCCUCGUGCCCGCCGGUGUGCUCCUCGGCCUCGGGGCCGCCCCCAUGUGGGCCGCCAAGGCCACCUACCUCACCCAAUGCGGGGGCGUCUACGCCAAACUCACCGACGAGCCGGCCGACGCGAUAGUCGUCCGGUUCUUUGGCUUUUUCUUCCUCGCCUGGCAGACGGCCGAGCUCUGGGGCAACCUCAUCUCCUCGCUUGUGCUGAGCGAGGGCGAGUUUGGAAAGAGCACGAGCUCGAACAGCAGCGUCGUCUCGAGGAAGGUCAGCAAGUGCGGGGCCAAUUUUUGCAUCAUCGGGAACGGCGGCUACGACAGCCUGUACAGGCCACCCGAGUCGGAGAUCUACGAGAUAUCGGCCAUCUACCUCACCUGUGUCAUCGUUGCCGUCCUCAUCGUCGCCCUCUUCGUCGACCCACUCUCCAGGUACGGGGAGAAGCAGAAGCGGAACAGCGACAGCGCGGAAUUGAGCGGGAUCCAGUUGCUGUCGGCGACAGCGUAUCAGCUGAAGAAGCCGUACCAGCAGCUCCUCAUACCGAUCACCGUAUGGAUCGGUAUGGAGCAAGCCUUCAUCGGUGCCGAGUUUACGCAGGCGUACAUCUCGUGUGCCCUGGGGGUGCACAGGGUCGGCUACGUGAUGAUCUGCUUCGGUGUGGUCAACGCCGGGUGCUCCCUCCUCUUCGGCUCGGUGAUGAAGUACGUCGGGAGGCAGCCACUCAUGGCCCUCGGGGCCGUUGUCCACGCGGCCCUCAUCGGCGUGCUGCUCGUCUGGAGGCCACACCCCGACAAGUCUUACGUCUUUUACACGGUGUCCGGCCUUUGGGGGGUCGGCGACGCGGUCUGGCAGACCCAGGUCAAUGGUUUGUACGGGACGCUGUUCCGUCGCAACAAGGAGGCCGCCUUCUCGAACUACCGUCUGUGGGAGUCGGCGGGCUUCGUCGUCGCUUACGCGUACAGCACCCACCUGUGCGCGCGCAUGAAGCUCUACGUCAUGCUGAACGUCCUGCUGAUCGGGACCAUAGGCUACGUGAUCGUCGAGAUGCUCCACAGGCGCAAGCAAAAGCGCCGCAAGGCCUUGGCCGAGGACCCGAAGGCCGCCCAAGCGGAGGCCAACCAGCCCGAGGAGACGGACGACGAGAAGGACGACAUCGACGAUGACAUCAUCAUUACCCACCUGUGAGGACACACCGGCUUGUUAAGCGCCGGGGUAAAUCCGAGCCCCCACAUAAUAUAUACACAUUUACUUGUACACGUGAUCGAGAUAUACACUUGAUGUCAACCCCCCCCCCCGUCGUUCCAAAAGGGGAUGAUUAGAAAAAGGGACGGUGGGGUCCAAUUUACUUGUUGUUUUUUUUCCCCCCCCUCUCGUCUUAUUAUUCCGUCCCGACGCUGCUGAUGGAUCGCCCUCGCGGUGGAAACAAUCUCGGUGCAUGCCGUGGACGAGCAGUUGGAGGAUUUCUCGCGCGUUCGCUCGGAGGGAAAACGAAAAAAUAUGCUCCCUCGUUUUUCGUACUUCCGUAACUCGUGUGUAUAGGUGUAUGGAUGCGCGCUUGUACAUUGUGAUCCGUCAGUGCAUAAAUAUACCACGGAAUAAGUGGCGCGCCGUGGAUUCGUGAAUCCUGCACGUGUCGCGGGAGAAUAAGGGAAAUGCAGGGGAUGAUGAAUGCUCGCUUCUCAGCGUGCAGGGGCCGCGCUAAUUAGAGGUACACCGAACGCAAGAGAGAGUGUGUGUGUGUGUGUGUGUGUGCGAAGAGAGAAAAAAACAACCGAAUGCACGAUGUUUGGUGUGCGCCUACUCGAAUGGAAAACGCGCGCGUAAAAAGUGCGCUAUUACAUACUGGUGACUUUGAAGUGCGCGACGCUCGUCUGCCAAAUAGCUGAGCGAAAAAUAAAAAAAACUGUAGAGGCAGGAUUAUCGUGCGGAUGGUGCGAUGACACACCUGUCACGGGAUAAGCGGUAUAGUUGUUGGUUUUCGUAAAGUGUCUUCCGUUAUUCCUGUGAGUUAUUAGCAGCGGUGUCUCUUGUACACAUAUAUAUAUUGUAAUAUUUAUAAAUGGAUGAUAAUUUUAGAACUUGGGCUCGAGGAGGAAGGAGAUUCCUCGUCGGGUGGUCAAUUGCACUUGUUUUCGUUUUGUUUUUCGCAAGUAGGUAUAUUUAAAAGCCAAGUGAGGAGUCGUAUUUUACCAAUUUGAGAUGUCCCUCGAUCGGAGCUGGUUAACGCUUACCAGAAAAAAAAGCUGGAAAAAAGUGUAUAAUACAUACAGUCCAAGCGUUGAGCGAAUAAUACGUGUACAUCACUUGAGAAUCUUCAGAAUCUCUGGAUGUUGUAAAAGUAUUUUUUUAUUUUUUUCUCCCAAGCGACAUGGAUAUACGUAUUUCUGUUGUUUGAGGAAAAUAAAUAAAAAAAGGGUUUUACAUAAAAAAAAACCAUGUUAGAAGUAACUAAAAACGUUUUCAUCUCUAAAUUUGGGAAAGUUAAUUUUUUUUCAUCUUAUACUGACUCGUCAUCAAAUUUGAUAAAAGGCCUUAAAAACCUUUAAAAAAAGGCCGAUUCAUUGUAUAUUUGUUCCCUAGAUUUUCAUGCAGAUGCAAACGGAUUUUUUUGAUUUUAUCGUUUACCAACACAUCUAAGGAUCAUAGUAUUAUUACUUUACGGAGUGUACGUUGUUUAUUAUUUAUAAAAAAAAAGUUCAUUUACUUCAUUACUUUUUUUUGAGUUGAUGAUUUUUUUUGUAAAUUACUUAGUUUCUCGCACACUUCAAGCAGUUACUACCACAUACUUUCCAUUACAAUCGUUAAACUGUUGGCUGUAAAAGUAUAAGGAGUUACUCCUAACAGAGUAAAAGCCCACUCUUAUAGAGUGAAUGAAUAUUUAUAUGUCGAAAAUUAAUUUGAUACUUUCUUACUUUUACAGCGAAACUACGCCACUUUUCUACAAAUAGAUUCAUUUCGAUGCACACAAUGUUUCCAAAAUUGUUUGGAAACACCUGAAACAUUCCAAUUAUAUUGUUUAAAAAUAUUAUUGCGUAGCAUAAAUAAUAGUUAACAAAUAUAUUAUACAAUAACUCUAAUGACGAUAUUGAUAAUAAAAAUAAUCUAACUUAUUAUACGUAAAACUCUUAAAUGACAUGUAAUAAACAUUUUAGAUUGUAAUAUCACUGAGCUUUAAGUGAUUGUUAAUUUGAAAUAUAUUAUCCACGGCCAAUUCAGUUACAUUUGUAUUUUGUAUUUUGUAAUUGUAUUUUAAAAGUGUUGAAAAAACAUAUUUCGUUGACACUUGAAAUUAUUCUAGUGAAAUCGUGAAACUGAUGCGGCUCGUGUGACAUCAGUAUUUCAGUAUCUCAAAUAUUUUGUAAUCGCAUGUAAGAUUAAACGUUAAUAAAUUAUUUACGAUUCUCGUGCAAACAUGUAAGUGCCCUUUUUUUUGGGACAACCAUAAUUGUAAGUCAUUGCAUAGUGUCCGUGUGAUCUCAGAAGAUAACCACUAGCAGGCAAUUUUGAUGAAAAAAGGAGUGCAUAAUAUGUAAUACCUGUAAGAUUCGAUAUUUUUGUAAAAUAUUUACCUUCGUGCACGAGAGAAGUGAGGGAAACGUCGCUCUUGGCAGGUCCUCAAAUAUAUGUGGAUAUGCGCGUUAUGUAUGCAUUUUCCAUUUAUGAUUAUUCCUUGGAAAAAUCGGUUGUUUGCCAGCCUUCGAACUUUUCCUAUUUUCUCCUUCACACAACGAUCAGUAGUUAUAGUUGUGUCACGCACGUAUACUUACUAUAAAUAUUUAAUAAUAACAAUUAUUAUUAUUCUUAUCACAGUUACAGUUUUAUAGAAUAAUUAUUUUACAAUCGUUGACGUUUGCAAAACAUUGGCGAAAAAUGUUUGUACAGUUGUCAUUAGUAAUAAUUAAAAAAGAAACAAGAGAAAUGAUGAAAUGGAUGUAAAAAGAUUGUGCAACCAUUGUGCCACAUGUUUCUCACUGUUGUUUACUUUUUUGUUUUUUCACUUCGUUAAUUAUAAAGUAUAGAAAAAAAAACUUGCAUCAUACAUAUACACAAUAAAAACCUAUACAAUUAAUCUUAAUGUAUAUUUUUAGCGAUAGAUGCGAAACACGUUACAACACUAGCUUUUUAUUUUUAUUGUAAGUAUAAUUUACAAACGUCAGAAGUUGUCGUAUUAUUACUGUUAGUGUUUUUUUUUUUUUUAUGUAGAAACACGAUCCCUCACUCGAAAGGAUUAUAAGUUAUAAAGCGACAAAAAAGAUUUUAGAGAUCUUUUGUUGAACCGAUGUUACGGUUAUGACUAUUUUUACGAUGUCUUUUCACCCUUGGUUCAUCGCCAUUAGGUACUUGUAAUAUUUUUCUCAUUAAUGUCAUUAAUGAUUCUCUGAGUUGAUUGUAGUGUUGCCUAUAUUUUGUGUCAUCCCCAACUUCGAUUGUAAACAUUGUUAAUUACUUAGACGUGAAGUAUUCUUACGAUAGGUAGUUCUUUUAUUUACUUUAAAUAUGAUAUUAUCCAUACCGUAAUGUGUUAUCUUAGAGUUGAUAAAAAAAAAAAAAAAAUCAUUUUAUUAAAAUUAAAU